CCCCUCCCCGGACCCCCGCCCCGCCCCGCCCCGGCAGCGCCGCGGCUGCCACACCGGGUAGGUUUCAAGUCACUAUGGCGGCCGCUGCGCUGAAGGUCGGAGGAAAGUUUCCGCGGUCGGCGGCUGCCUAAGAGGCAGAGCUACUGAGCCAGGGAGGCGUCCGGGCCCGGCCGCCAGGCCUCUCCCGCCGCCGCAGGGCCCGCGGAGCGGCACUGGGCGGGCGGAGAGCGCGGGGAGGCUGAGGAGCGGACCCUCCUCAUGCACAGCCACCUGCGGAGGGGCUGAGCGGAGCGGAGGGGACGCCGCCUCCCCGCCACCCCCGGCCCGCCGCUCCCCGCGCCGGGGGCUUUGGCGGAGGCUUCCUGGGGCAACCCCUGCUCGCCUCCCUCUCCGCCGGCUCCCGCCCACCGCCCGCGGACCCGCCGCCCGCGGACAGACCCGCCGCCGAGGGACGCUCGGCCGCCGCUGCCAGCCAGAGCCGCCGCGGGCACCGCCGGGGAGCAACCUGUCAGUGCACCUCCUAGGCCGUCCCCGAAGGACCCUUCCCACGCGUUAUUCUGUCCCCGAGAGAAGGAGAGUUUGAAGACCUCUCCAUGCCUUAUCAAGUUCCUUAUCUGAGUGGCAGCCUGAAACUGUAGACCGGUUCAGCUUUAUCUGGUGUAGGGGAGGAAAACAGUGUAGCUCUCGUACCCCAUCCUAAAUCGAGGACCACCUAUUCUGCUUUAGUUUAGUACAUGAAGAUGGUGAAAUGCGGAUUGCCGUGUCAAGUGACUAGAUCCCUGUUGUGGAGUGAGGGCUUCGUAUUCAUCUUCCAACUCCUGAUCUUUGUGCUUUGAGAGAGGACGCUAAUCGUUUUCCCUCAUCCCCCUUCCCUAAACCUUUCCUUGCUUCCAUGUUGCAUUGGUCAGAAUUUUGGUCAGUGUUGUUUACGGAAGGGGGGGGGAAAGAAGGCAGUUGAGGUUACAAACAAAAGUACUUGUAUGACUCAUCUACUUGGAUUUAAGAUACUCUAUCCUUCUUUCAAGGAGCCUUUGCUUCUCUUUGAAGGAAUCAGAUGCUUGUUCCUGUUCUUCCAGAGGAGGAUGGAUUGAAAGUUGUACAUUUUCGACUUUUUUUGAGCCACUGCUGUUAUUAUUAAAAGACAUAAUGGGGCUUUUUCACUGGAUUAUUGCCAGAAUUGGUUUACACACUGAAACAAUGAGUUGUUAGGCCUCUCAUGUGAUAAUGUUUGUCCUGCUUUAAUAUAAAGUUGCUGUGGAGGUUUGGGUUAAAAAUUGUGGAGGACAGCCUGCAUCAGAAGAGGCUCUCUUCAUCUCUGGUUGGUGUGGCAACCCCAAUCUGUCCUCCAUGCCUUCAGCCUUGGCCAUCUUCACUUGCCGCCCGAACUCUCAUCCGUUUCAGGAGCGUCAUGUCUACCUGGACGAGCCCGUCAAGAUCGGCCGCUCAGUGGCUCGCUGCCGGCCAGCUCAGAAUAAUGCAACUUUUGACUGUAAGGUGCUGUCCAGGAACCAUGCUCUUGUCUGGUUUGAUCACAAGACAGGCAAGUUCUAUCUUCAAGACACUAAAAGUAGUAAUGGUACCUUUAUUAAUAGUCAGAGACUGAGUAGAGGAUCUGAGGAAAGCCCACCAUGUGAAAUUAUGUCAGGUGACAUCAUCCAGUUUGGUGUAGAUGUGACGGAGAACACGCGGAAAGGUAAGGUUACCCAUGGAUGUAUAGUCUCCACAAUCAAACUGUUUCUUCCAGAUGGAAUGGAAGCUCGAUUGCGAUCAGAUGUUAUCCAUGCUCCAUUACCAAGUCCUGUUGACAAGGUUGCUGCUAACACUCCCAGUAUGUAUUCUCAGGAAUUGUUUCAGCUUUCACAGUAUCUACAGGAAGCCUUACAUCGGGAACAAAUGUUGGAACAGAAGCUGGCAACCCUUCAGCGACUACUUGCUGUCACACAGGAGGCUUCAGAUACUAGUUGGCAGGCUUUAAUAGAUGAAGAUAGGCUGCUAUCAAGAUUAGAAGUUAUGGGAAAUCAAUUACAGGCAUGUUCAAAGAAUCAAACAGAAGACAGUAUACGAAAAGAGCUUAUAGCAUUACAAGAAGACAAACACAACUAUGAGACAACAGCCAAAGAGUCCCUGAGGCGGGUCCUUCAGGAGAAAAUUGAAGUGGUCAGAAAACUGUCUGAAGUGGAGCGUAGUUUAAGUAAUACAGAAGAUGAAUGUACUCACCUGAAAGAAAUGAAUGAGCGGACUCAGGAAGAAUUAAGAGAAUUGGCUAAUAAGUACAAUGGAGCUGUAAAUGAAAUUAAAGAUCUUUCUGACAAGCUAAAGGUAGCAGAAGGAAGACAAGAAGAAAUCCAACAGAAAGGACUGGCUGAGAAAAAAGAAUUGCAGCAUAAAAUAGAUGAAAUGGAAGAGAGAGAGCAAGAGCUUCAAGCAAAAAUAGAAGCUUUGCAGGCUGAUAAUGACUUCACCAAUGAGCGGCUAACUGCUUUGCAAGUACGGUUAGAACAUCUUCAAGAGAAAACUCUUAAAGAACACAACAGCUUAGGCAUACAAGUUGACGACUUCAUACCUAAAAUUAAUGGGAGCACAGAGAAAGAGCACUUUCUUUCAAAGAGUGGAGGGGACUGCACUUUUAUUCAUCAGUUCAUAGAAUGUCAGAACAAGAUCAUAGAUGAAGGACAUCUAACCAAAGUGGAAGAAACAAAGCUUUUGAAAGAGAAUCAAGCAAGAGUCAAAGACACCGAUUUGUCAGACACACUUAGUCCAAGCAAGGAAAAAAGCAGCGACGACACUACAGAUGCCCAAAUGGAUGACCAAGAUCUAAAUGAACCUAUUGCUAAAGUAGCUCUUCUAAAAGAUGAAUUGCAGGGUGCACAAUCAGAGACUGAGACUAAGCAAGAAAUUCAGCAACUGCACAAGGAGCUGAUUGAAGCCCAAGAGCUAGCUAGGACAAGUAAACAAAAAUGCUUUGAACUUCAAGCGCUAUUAGAAGAAGAAAGAAAAGCAUAUCGAGUGCAAGUUGAAGAAUCUAACAAGCAAAUAAAUGUUCUGCAAGCUCAGUUGCGAAGGUUACAAGAAGAUAUUGAGAAUCUUCGUGAGGAAAAGGAGAAUGAAAUUUCAAGCACUCGAAAUGAACUAGUCAGUGCUCAAAAUGAGAUUCUGUCCCUUCAACAAGUAGCAGAAAAGGCAGCAUCAGAACGAGAUACAGAUAUUUCUGCAUUGCAAGAUGAGCUGCAAAGAGUGCGAGCGGAACUUGAACGGUGGCGGAAAGAUGCCUCAGAUUAUGAAAAAGAAAUUGUCAGGCUACAAGCCAGUUUCCAGCUCAGAUGUCAGCAGUGUGAGGAUCAGCAGAAGGAAGAGGCUACUCGCUUAAAAGGUGAACUUGAAAAGUUGAAGGCAGAGUGGAGUACUCUGGAGGCUGAAUGUGUUACACUAAGGAAAGAAAAUACUUUGCUUACAUCUGAACUUCAGCGACAAGAGAAGGAGCUUUCUAGCUCUCAGAAGCAGAGUUUAGCCCUAACCAGCGAUAUAAGUGUUCUUGAAAUGUCUCGAAAGGAACUUGAAAAUCAGAUGGGAUCUUUGAGAGAAAAACAUCAACGGGAUGCAGCUAGUCUAAAAAGCCAACUCAGUGAAGCUGAGAGUCAAGCAAAAGAUGUUCAGAAAGAGUAUGAAAGAACACAGAGUGUGCUCUCAGAGCUGAAGGCGAAGUAUGAGAUGGCUGAACAAGAAAAUCAGUCACUCACAGAAGAGCUCAAACAAUGUAAAGAAAAUCUGAAGCUGCUACAAGAAAAAGGAAACAACCCUUCCAUAUUACAACCCGUCCCAGCCAUAUUCAUCGGCCUAAUCCUGGCUUUCCUGUAUUGGUGUUACGGCCCAUUGUGGUAGCGAAAGAGACAAUGGCCUUGGAUGCCUGUGAUGGCAGCUUUGGUUGCUGUAACAGCCGUCGUGCUGUACCCAGGCCUAACCAGAGCUUCUCCAUGAGAACUGUUGUUGAAUCCAUACACCGUCCUCCCUUUAGAAGCUGGCAACAUUCAUAUACUGAGGGAAAACAGAUUAAUUCUCUUCCUUUUUACCUCUUAAUACAGCACAGCUCUGCGUGAGAACAGCAGUAGGGUCAUUUGCUUUAAACUGUAUAAAAUGUAUCUGUCUAUAAAGAGGGAAUAAAAUUGUGAUUCAUCAUACUGUGAGCAAUAUUUUUGCUUACAAUUUCAUGCAAGUUUUAAAUUAGUAUGUUGGGAUUCUGAAUACUAUAAUGGUGGCCUAAAGUAGGCUUCUUGGUACCAAGUUAUUCAUAAUGGCUAGCGUUGUGGACACUUACUUUAGAAUCUAAUUGCCAGAUUUAAAAGGAAAAACCCAUUUCUGAUUUGGACACCCAAGCCAAAUAGCCUUGCAGAUACUCGGAAAACAGAUGCAGUGUGCUCAGUGCCUUUCAGUAUGGUGGGGUUUUUUUUUUCUUUUUUAAAAAAACUAGUAUACCAUUUUACUUGCUGUUGGUCACUGAGCUGUUGGGAGCAAGACUUAAGAAAACUUCUCUUACACGCCUUUUGAAGGAAGCAUAUUUUCUUUAAUAAGGAUUGUUUUAUUAAUGAUUUUUGGGAAUAAACAAUUGAUGUCCAGCCUUAAAUAGAUAGAGAUAUUGGUGGUGAAGACCAGCCUAGAGUUUCAGUGUGUGCGUGUGCGAGUGCAAGCAUGUGUGUGUUCUUGAGUGAACUAAGGUAUUUCUGGGAGCAAGUACUCGGUCAUUUGACGGACAUAGUGCAGUGAUUCAACUUACGUUAACUUUAGUUUGAAUGUAAUUUAUUAAAUUUCAUAUAUUUAAAGAGAUGCGUUCUUUAAAAGUAUGAAUACUUCCUCACGUACCACAUGUAUCAAUUUAUUUUUUCAGUCAUUUGAUUCUGACUUGAGCUGGAGAAGCUCUUUAGAUAAGCUUUUGUUGAUGUAACUUUAUUAAGAGAACUGCUACAUUACGUCUGUGAUUAGCUGAAAAAAUCUAAGAUACAUAAAAUACUACAAAAUUGGAAUCAUAUACCUAAUGAUGUAUUGUCAGGUCAAGAUGAUUUAAAUUUGGUAGUAAAAUUUUGUGCAUCUUCAUCACAUGGCGGCUGUAAGUAUGAUGCAGUGGUCCCCAUUGCAAAGUUUAUUUUCCUUAUCUAACUACUAUAACUAAUGCUGUUUGCUCAGUUCUGGUGGGAAUCACUGUAGUUAGUGCUGAAUUAAAUGUAGACUCUAGUUGUCUUGUUCAGCUCAACAGUUCUGUCAAAAAAGUUUAUUCAAGACUUAAUAUGCUUAAGAAUGGUAAAGUAAAAUGGCUCUGCUAAAGGAAACUUCAAAAUAGGGAGAUAAUCUCAGCAAUUUAAUUGGCUUUAAAAAUGUUACGGCAAUCGACAGAUAGUUUAAAUAUUUAAAUAGAAAUCUAGCAUAUAAUUUACUUUGUGAGGUUUUAAGGGUCAUUGUCCUUUAAUUAAAGUUUCUCUCAUAAAUUACAUGGGAUUUGCUAAUAGGAGGAUUAUUAGUUGGAAAAAAUAGUCCACAAGUGACUUGUAGAAAAUAAAUAUUGUCUUUUAGUUCAUUCAUUUCAUCCUUUUCAGUUGCAGGAAGCCACCCAACCACAGAACACUCGUAUGCCAGUGGUACUUAGUACCUCUUGUAUAUAGGUUAUUGCAAAUAUUGUUCUGAAAUGCUUAACUUCAGAAUUACAUUUUUUUAAAGUAAAUAAUUGUUUUAAAUCUAUUUUGUAAAGAUAUAAAAAUACAACAGAAUUUCUGGAGUACAGAUUAAACUAUUUGCACUAACACACGUGAUGUGCAUGAUUUAAUAAAAUAACUUUACUCUCCCUA